AUGAGUGAUUUAAAGAGAAAUAAAGAUGAAGAUAUAGAACCUUGGUUAAUUAGAGGUGGCGAUGGAGCUGAUUAUCCACUACCACCACCACCACUAGGUUUACCUUUACAUCCACCACCUAGAUUCCAUCCCUAUGGUUUACCUCUACAUUCGUCACCUCCACUACAAGCACUACCACCACCUCCCAUAUCACCGUUAUCGCCACAUCUACAUCCACAUCCACAUCCUUACUUUCAUCCACAUGCUCAUCCACACGCUCAUCCACAUCCACAUCCACAUGAUUUCGGACACGGACAUCCUCAUCCACAUGCUCAUCCACAUCCACAUCAUCACGGUCAUGGUCAUGGUCAUGGUCAUCAUCCAUUUCAUCAUCAUGGACAUGAUCACCACCACGAUCAUCAUGAUCAUCACCAUGGUCAUCACGGUCACCACGAACAUCAUCAUAAUCAUCACAAUCAUCACAACAACAACGAUCAACAUGAAAGAAGAAGAAGUGGAGAUGAAAAUAUUGAUAAAAUAUCACCUUCUAUUAAAGAAAUUACAGAAAUUCAACAACAACAAGAACAACAACAAAAGCAACAACAUUUUAAAGAACAAGAGCAAGAAUUACAUAAACUAAGUCUUGAAAAGAUAAGAGCAAGAGAAUUGGUCAAUGAACUAUUGAAGGAUCUGCCGACAGAAAAGCCAAUUGGAAAUAUCGCAACACAAAAUCUUGACCUUUGUUUCCUGCUAGACUGUACUGCAUCUAUGCAACCUUAUAUCGACCGUGUAAAAAAUGAUAUAGCUUUACUCUACAAUAACAUAGUUGCAAAGUUUACCAAUCUCGAUUUACAAUUCGCCGCUGUCUGCUAUAGUGAUUUCGAUCGUGGUGAUAAAAGAACUUCAUCUCUGCCAUUUACAAAGUCAACGAAUGAAUUUAUGAUGUUCUUAUCCAAUGUUGUAGCGGCUGGUGGAGAUGACGGUCCGGAGGAUGUAUUCGGUGGUUUCAAAGUUGUUUUCGAAAAUACUUGGAGAAAACAAAGUAUAAAAGUUUUAAUACAUAUAUGUGAUGCACCAUGUCAUGGAAAUCAAUAUCAUAGAUUUCAAGAUAACUAUCCAAAUGGUGAUCCGUUUGGUAUUACACACGAACAGGUUGUAGAUAAUAUUUGUAGAUUCGACUUGAAUUACUUCUUUGGCUAUGUGAAUAUCGAUAGCACCUCCAGUAUGAUACACAUUCUCAGUCAGACCCUCAAGAUUCUGAGUAACAAUCAAUUGCAGAUCAAUAGUUUCGAUGCAAAGGAUAUUCAAUCACUUAGUGACAAUGUAUAUCGUGCCGUAUCUGAAAGUAUACAAAGACGACAACAACAACAACACAAACAACAAGAUCAACAACAACAGCAACUACAACAAAAACAAUUACAACUACAAAUACCAAAAGAGAUUGAUAAUAAUAUUGAUAAAGAGUUACCCGAUUGGAGUACUAUUAGAGAGGUAAGAGUAUAUCAAAGAAAAUUCCAACUACCCAGAGUAUUAUUUGAAUGUUUAGAACCAAACUUUGAAAUGAACAUUCAAGAGAUUAAAUGUAAUCUAAAAAUUGCACCUAAACCUUUUGCUAAAGGAACAAACAAUUCAAUUAGUGGUCAAACAUCAUUAUUAAUUAAUUCAUUCUUUAGACGAUAUUCAUAUUAUGGACACAAUGUUACGAACAACAAGCGAGCAGUACUUAAAUUAUUUAUAAAUGAAGCCGAUACCUCUAGAGGAAGAAGAAGACAAUACUAUGAUUAUAUGGAGACACAAACAAUAGCAGCAAAGUUUGCUUUUGAAUUUAAUAGAGAAUUUAGAAAGGAUGUUAUUACUUUUGGUGUUUCAAAGGUUAUAGAAGGAAUGGAUAAAGAUAUUUAUUAUGGUUUAGAAACAUUUUAUGAUGGUGAUUAUGAGAAAUAUAAUUCAGUAGUUGGAUGGAAGAAUCAUAGUUUAGAACCUGUAAUACAGGCAUUCUCUCAUUGGACCUAUGUCAUUUCCGAUAAAUCAACGAUAGUAGUCGAUCUUGAAGGUGUGGUAACAGAUCGUGGUUUAAUUCUAAUGGAUCCUGUGAUACACUCGAUACAUCUCAAAAGAUAUGGCACAACCAACCAAGGUCAACAGGGAAUAGAUAACUUCUUUAAGACUCAUACUUGUAAUCAACAUUGUUAUGAUAUGCGAUUAACUAAAUCAAAACCAUAG